UCCGAGUCCUGUCUUGACUUGUCUUAGAGUGUAUACGUACGUACUCGUCAGCCAAUGCUCCAGCAGUCCAGCAUCCAUCCAUCUAGUGCCUGUCAUUAGCAUUGUCUUUGAAUGCGCGUCGCAGAUUCGUUUUCUACCCUAUUUCUUGCUCGGGAUAACUUCUUCGCUGCUCUCUCUUGAAUGUCCUGAGCCUCUACGACGGACAGAACGUAUUCACCAUGUUCGAAUAUUUUGUUUUGUUUCUUGCAGCUGUUCGGAGUCUCGGAAGUCGAUUCUUUCUUCGGUUUGGGCUGCAUUGCGCAACCCACCAAAUCCGCGUUAUUCUCAUAUCCGGCGUCGUCAUAACUUCACUUCUCUACCCAGCACUCGAUUUGUACACCUCUACCAAGACCCAGUCUAUCCUUGAGACACUUACUGCAAUGAAGACUGGUUCGGGCUUCAAUGCGCAACAAGAUUUGGUGGAUAUUUGGUCCGGGCAUGAGAGCCUUCGUGUAGGAGGCGACUCAGUGUCCCGUGCUAGGUGUGGAGUUGGCCGAACGCUGAGGGUAGAGCGUAUCCUUAUUCAGAGCCCCCUUCCCGAAGACGACAGUGCCCUCAACCACCAGAUUCUCCUAUCUACCCUCAAGCUCGAAGACCGUCUUAGCGACCUCAUCGGCAGUCGCAAGAUUCCAUGCUUAAAGCGUUCAGACGGCCGGUGUUUUGUGGUAUCUCCCCUUGUCUUCUGGCGUUAUGACCAAAACGCUCUACUCUCCGACACCAAUAUUCUUGACACUUUGAGUCUUUCAAAGAAUGUCACCGUCUCGGGCAUUCCCAUAAUGGCUCACAUGGUUCUCGCCGGUCGAGAUUCUGAAGAGCAUCAUGUCGGCGGAACCGACUUUGAUUUUGCGACAUAUCUCGCCCUCACUUACUUCUUUCCCGAAUCCGACUGUGUGGGGAAAUCUGAUCAUAUAUCUUGGAUACAAACCAUAGAAACCGCUAAAUCGUCAAAUACGGAGAUGCAUGUACAGACAGAAGAGCCGAUUUUGCUGGGUCUAGAGUAUCAUUCAACCCCUUCCAAGAAUAAAGGCUCUACGUCGAUCUCGGCUUUUCUCUAUUUAGCCUAUAUCAGUUUCGCCAUAUACGUGUUUUGGUCGAUGCGCCAAAUGAACACGGUUCAUUCUCGGAUAGGUGUAAUGUUUACGGGUUUAGUGGAAAUCACAGUUAGUACAAUCACUAGUCUUAGUGUUUGCGCUCUCGUCGGCUUCAAGAUUACGAUGGUGCCCUGGGAGCUGUUGGCCAUUAUGAUUUUGUUUGCUGGUGCUGAGAAUAUGUUUAAUUUGGUGGAUGCCGUUGGCAGGACCCAUGUUACGUUGUCGGUCAAACAGCGAAUUGCCGAAGGACUGAGUUUUGCGGGAACUUCCAAUAUUCUCAAAGUCGUAUCUUACAACACCAUCCUUGGAGCUAUUGCCUUUUUCGCUGGAGGUGCUAUACGCCAGUUCUGCGCAUUCGCCAUCGUAGUGCUGGUGGCCCAUGGCUUCUUGGCGCAUACGUUCUUUAUUGCAGUGCUUUCCAUAGACAUGCAACGUCUGGAGCUUGAAGAACUUUUACGACAAGAUCCUGGAUUGGUACCCGCUGUUCCGUUCGCGAUACCUGACAAAAAGUCCGUAAAACCUCGGUCAAAGUGGCAAAAAGUUGCCAACGUCAUUCAGGGCCUAUUCAGUGGGCGAGCGAAGAAGAACCUGAGCCUCUUCUUGCUUUUGGCAACGACUGCGACGUUGUAUUACGCAACAUUGCCAUCAGAUAUGAAAGGAAGCCCUGACGCCUCUAUUCAUCGGGGAGCACUUACGCGAGUAGACCGUAACAUCCACAUUUCAGAUAACCAUGAUCCAGUCUGGCAUCUUUGGAAAACAUUUAAUCCAACGGAAUCAGCGCUUCACCUUCGAAUUGAAAGUCCUACGAUCUUGACCCUCCGACCUGAUGUUGAUGACAGCACCGCCCUCCCUGACCAUCCUAAAACACAUCGCCUGAAGUUCAGGACGCUCAGGUUGAUACUCUGGCUGCUUAAGAUCAUGGUAUUGCCUAUAGGCGCUACAACCGUGGCACUUUACGGACUGCUCUUGUACCUUCUAAAGGAUGCGGAACUACUUGAAGCCCAAAAGAACCGCCCUGAUGUAGAGGAGGAGGCUGUUCCAGCGGAAACCGCUUCUCUUCGAAAUCAAUUAUCGUUCUCCACGCUUCCGCGGACAUUCUCCAGCGACGUUGAGCUUAUCGCAAUCGGUAGAGGCGGUCAAGUCGUCGCAUCCGUUGGCGUACAAAAUGAGAUCGUUUUGUGGAAUAUAGACACCCAGACUCAUUUAUCAAUCGACGCCACUGAUGUGCUGCUAAGGUCGGCGAGCACGUCGUCAAGUGCUUCUGCCAUUACGUGUGUAGCAGUUGAUGAGAGAGGCGAGCACUGCGCUGUGGGAACCGGUGCAGGAGUCAUUGCUGUGUGGACGAUCAAGAGAGGUCGAAUAUGCGCUUUUCCCCACCUUACGAUGGCCAGUUCGUCCGCGAGAGUUAUUGGAGUCGAAUUCAAUAACCCGAUAGGAAGAAGCGCACCUCAUUCUCGUCCCACGUCACCGGUGGACAAAGCUGCCCCGAUAUCUGUGGUUGCAACGUACGAAAAUGGUGUCGUGGCCAAAUGGGCGGUCGGCGAGCUACCGACGGUGAUGCAGCUUCGCCCGCUCAAUCGAGCGAAUAUGGUCAGUUCCCGUCUUCUCCGAGCGGGACCUUUAGGCUCCCUUUGCGCUGCUUUUUGUUUGGAUGAUGGUACGCUGGAGAUACAAGAGAUUGACGAAACAGACAAGAUUUUCAUGCCUGACUUUUCAGUUCAAGCGGGAAACCCUGCUGAUAUUAUCACAAAGGUAGAUGUAUGCCGGACAAUCAUGGAGGACGAAACUCGCACUGUUGUUGGAGCCGUUACCGAGGCGGGAGUCAUCUCCCUCUGGGACGGAAUGACUGGUGAAAUGAUCCGCGUCCUCGACGAGGCCUACGGCAAAGUGAUCCAACUAUGUCUCUCCCCGCUGCCCCGCCAUGCAUGCCACCAUUGCGGUCAUCUGUCCCUCGACAGUUUAUCCCUCGUGUUCUCUGUCAACCAAUUUGUUCAUUUCUUCAGAGCCUACCUCAGCGACAAUAACGAAACCCGACGAUGCUCAUGUACACCCACCCGAUCACGCAGUAAGCUUUCAUUUGAUGGUCUUGGCGGGCGUCGCUCCCGAAGCGGGAGCUUCACGUCCCUGAACUCGCCUCAAGAUCCACGCUCGAGGCUCUCAUCUGCAUUUGAGGCUUCAUUCCCUGUAUCUGCACAUGGCAUUCAUUCGCGGCGCGCAUCGGAGAAGGAUUCGAGUAAACGUACUUCGGAACUAACCUUACCUGUUGAAGAGUGUGAAACGAAUCACAUGGUUGGUCCGGCGGAAGGAGUGAGGGGAUCGUCGAAGCUUUGGCAGAGUCUGCAGGUUGUGAAGAUAGGGGAGACGAGCUGCGAGAGGGGGUGUUGGGGAGUAUCGGGAUAUCGGGUGGUUGGUGUUCGGAGGAGACCACGGACUGUCGGAAGGACGAACAAGGAGGGGAUAACGUCGUCCUCCCAUGGAUUAUCGUUGACCACGCUGGAUCGCUGGGAAGUAUGGACGUUCGAACCUUCGAAUUUCGAGGUUCAGGCCUCUGCUCUGUCGAUGAUUACCGAUACCCAGGAUAUCUUUUCCUUAUCUUCGGCGAAGAGCGCAUUUCCUCGUCUGCCAUUUACACGAGUAUCACCUCUAGUCGCCGCACGCUCAUACAGCCUAGCUGGGUUUGGCAAUACUCUUGGCGUAUUUAAUUUUCUAUCUUCGUAGUCUUCUAUCCCUGGAUUUUUUCUGUAUCGCUGCAGUACAUCUAUAGAAUCUUCAUUUCGUGGAAUUUCAAUGCAAGUAUGUAUAUAUCAUGUAUAUAUCAUGUCAUCUACGUUUGUCCGAACUAACGACGUCGAGC